CGGGAAAAGAAGGCGCAAUCUUGGUGAGCAUAUCUAACGCUCAAUCCCAACGCCUCCCUCUCCUCUCACUUACACCUCACAUCCACAAUGGCUGCCUCGAUACCCCGCUCACGAUGCCUCUUCGCCGUGCCCGCACGACAGGUUGUUCCUCAGUCGCGGACCAUUUCACAACGCGCCCGAACUUUUGCCACGACCUCAGACAACCCGCCAGCAGACCCGACGUCGAAGCCAAAGAGGGCUGCGACGUCGUUUAGCGACACACUCAACGCCGGCCCUUCGUUUGCCGAUUUCGUCAGCCCUAAUGCGCCACUAUCACCCGCCGAGGCCUACGAGAUCAAGACUGCUACAGUAGGGCCGGAAGGCCGCAAGAAAACCAUCACUCGGCUGCCGGAGUGGCUGAAGACGCCGAUUCCUGUCAACCAGAACUACAAGAAGAUCAAGAAGGAUCUCCGAGGACUGAACCUCCACACUGUCUGCGAGGAGGCGAAAUGUCCCAACAUUUCGGACUGUUGGGGCGGAAGCAACAAGAGUGCGGCGACGGCGACCAUCAUGUUGAUGGGCGACACUUGCACGCGUGGCUGCCGUUUUUGCUCGGUCAAGACAUCUAAGGCGCCUCCGCCGCUGGACCCGCACGAGCCCGAGAACACUGCCGAGGCGCUGCGAAGAUGGGGCUUGGGUUACGUUGUCCUGACAUCUGUGGACCGUGAUGAUCUUGCAGAUGGCGGAGCGCGACACUUCGCGGAGACGAUCAUGAAGAUCAAGCAGAAGGCGCCGACAAUGCUCGUCGAGGCGCUCACGGGAGACUAUGCCGGCGACAUGGAGAUGGUCAAGACAGUGGCUUUGAGCGGACUUGACGUCUACGCACACAACGUCGAAACCACAGAAGCUCUCACGCCUUUCGUUCGCGACAGGAGAGCCAAGUUCAGGCAGUCGCUGGACGUUCUGCGAACUGCAAAGGAGGCACAACCGACGCUCAUCACAAAGACAAGUAUCAUGCUGGGUCUGGGCGAGACGGACGAGCAGCUUUUCGAUGCAUUGAGAGAACUUCGCAAGAACAACGUCGACGUUGUAACCUUCGGCCAAUACAUGCGACCAACAAAGCGCCACAUGGCCGUUCACGAGUACGUCACCCCCGAUAAGUUCGAGCUUUGGCGCCAGCGCGCUCUCGACAUGGGAUUCCUGUACUGUGCCUCCGGACCCCUUGUGCGAUCCAGUUACAAGGCAGGAGAGGCCUUUAUCGAGAACGUCCUUAAGAAGAGGAGACUGGGAGGUGCAGGUAACGGCGAGGUUACUGCACCAUCAGCAACCGAAAGCCAGACUUUGUGAGGAAAUCUUGAUGCUGAUGAGCGAUUUGUAUUAUACUUUGCGAGCUUAAGCGCAUUCAACGAGCACUAGCUCCGUGCACUUCAACGUGUGCGUAA